AUGUCAGAUACACAGAAAGAUCGAUUAGGAGAAUUGGUUUCAGCAAACGAACCUUGGCUCAGUGAAGAACUUCCCUUCAACUUCACAGCCACGGGUUUUCUGGGCGCCAAAAGACAAGAGAUGCUCACAAACCCACUGCUGCUGAGGAAUCGCGUUGGUCGCGGAAGAUCCUCCUCUGAUGCCAUUUUUGGAAGUAAUUACAGAUGCCCUUGGACAAUGGCCAACGUCCUCGUAUUGUCUGCAGCUUUAAAUGGUUGGGCGGGAGUAUUAGACGAACCACAGCAAGUGACCAGAAGAUCGCAGAAAGACAACACCGACUACUUGAGCUUAAACAGGGGAGCAGUGUCGGCAGCUAUGAUUUCAUCGAGUGACAACCGAACGUUUAGAGAACAGAAAGGGCGUGUUCAGCAGCUGGGUUCUGUUGGCGGCGCCAAGAGACAAGAACGGCCUCUACCGAAAAUAUUUAAGCCGGGGACCGUGUUUGGAAUGCCACACAAAUAUGAAAGCAUUGAAGCCUUGACCAGCAAUGCCUAUCAAAGACAAUGGCUUCUGGACUCCAUAGAAGGAAUGUGGAAGAAAAACAUGAAGAUCGACUUCACUAAGGUACGACCCAACAGAGCAUCAUUGCUGCGUCCAAAUGUUGUACCAUCAAAUUUACAAAGUCAGCCAUGGAGGAAUCCGAAGCUUAUUCUCAAGGCGCGACCACAUUUAUCAACGUUCAGAGGCGAGAAGGCUUUGCUCGACGCCCAGAAAAUUCAGGAACUAGAAUCCCCUGGGAAAGAUGGGCAGACCGGACAGGGCAUCCCGAAGAAUACGCCCCACGAGCAUCCUUUACCGUCAGAGAAAAAGAAAUGCUCAAGUCAAUUUCCGUGUAUUUAA